AAUGAGUCAAAUAAAACCUAUGUAAACGCUUCACAGUCUUUCAGAUUGUUCUGUAAAGUUGUUGCAAAUAAUCAACAAAAAUCGUCGUGAUGAUGAUGUGUGGUGGUCUCUCCGAUCCAGUUGCUGCUGACGAGAAGGUUCAGACGAUAUGUGACGGCGUUAAGAAUCAUGUCGAGGCAAAGUUAGGCAAGAACUACGGCGUGUUUACAGCCAAGAGCUACACCACGCAGGUGGUGGCCGGUACCAACUACUUCAUCAAGGUCCAUGUGGGAGGUGAUGAACACAUUCAUCUGCGUGUUUACCAACGCCUUCCAUGCAAUGGAGGAGAGACUGAGCUGAGUGAUGUGCAGGAAGGCAAGAGCCACCAUGACCCCAUCGAGCACUUCUAAUGUUGCCUGGCUCAUCUUAUGCAGUGUAACUCCAUUACUAAAGCAGUUGUAAUAGGAAUUGUAGAAAUAAUAAUUUUUUUACAAGAUGGUUUAAUAAACAAAAAUGGGAUUCAAAACAA